AUGUCGAAAAUUACUAGUGCCACAGGAUUAAUGGAUGCACGUAUUCGACUAGUACAGCGUCCUGAAACUAAGCGUGUGGAACUUUCAGGAUCUGCUAAACCAGCUCCUUUUAUACUUCGACCCUUUUCUGGUCUUUUCAAUCCUUACCCUUAUGGUUGUUCUGUACUGUGUAAUCAUCCGGCCGAUUGUGAAGCGAAAGAUGUUCUACGACGAGCUAAAAAUUCAUGGGCAACCGAGGGAAAAGCUCUCUUGUUGCCAGAAGAAAUGGACAUGAUUAGAGCAAGUGUAGCGGCUGCUGCCGGUACGAUGGACGCAUUUGGACAUGCCGAAAACUUAGAAAUGAUUAACGUUGAUCCAACUACCGUCCCCGAGGAAUUAUUUCGAAAAUAUACAGAGACAGAUUCCAGGCCAUUAACUCCAGCUCCCACUCUUGCUAGUGGACCCGCGUUAACAAAUAGACCCCAAGAGGAAUUUCUGACAACCUGCAAUCCACAAGAACGGACUACGUUGAUCUUAGAUCUCAGAGCAAACUCGAAGAAACAAACGGAAAACGAAACUUUUACGUGGCACGCUUUGACUUUAGAACCGCCGCCAACUUCUCGAAAAACCAAUAUUACUAUACCAAAAUCACCUCUCCGACAUCGAUCACGUUCGCCGAACCCAUCAACAAAUGUGUCAGCUUUGUCCGCAUGUGAAGACGCACAUGAACCGAGUUCAAGCAGAGAUAUAGAAGAGGAGAAUUCAGGAAGAAUCAACAAGGACUUUGUAAUUAUUCGCCGGAGAGGAAAGCGCUUACGGAAAGGGAAAAAUCGGAGUGGUUCGACAUAUAGGCAACAUACAGAAGUUCACGAUUUAUUAGAACCAACUGAAACUCAAAUAUCGCACAUAGGAGAUGGUUCUAGAAGAACUUCAAUUCACACGUCCAAUGGUGAUACAGAAAAUCCGUCUUUAACCCCGAAGAAAGCAACAGCUUUAACUAAAGUACCUUCCAUAAUGUCGACCAGUUUCAUUGAAAUCGAUAUUUUGAAACAUUUACUCAGGGAAUUAGAUCGAGAUAAAAUAGAAGCAGAAUUUUCACUUAAGCGAAGACUUGCCUUUGAGGAAGCCCUUCGAAUUAAAGGAGAAAGCUAUUCACGUGGAAGAGGAUACCACACACCUUCGAACCCCAAAAUAGAAAAUACACCAAGAGUAUUUUCCCGAAAAGUAGUUCGUUUCGAAAUUCUGGGCAGUGAGAGUCUACUUGGUUUGACAGUAUUAGAUUACAUCGGUAAACACGUAUUCGUUUCUUCGGGGAGAAAAUUAAUUUUUGGUAGAAUUUUUAACAAAUUUCAAGAAGAAACGUUACGAACUAUUACAAGGUAUAUUUCAUCUACAGACAUUCGCGAAGCGCUUGAGGAAGUUAUUGGAAAGCUGAUAACCGCGGAACAAGAAGUAUAUUUAAAAUCAAUGAUCGGUGAAAUCAAUGAGUCACUAAAUUUUCGAAGUUGGUGUGGUUUGUGUGCUACAGUGGAACGAUUACUAUGCCCACUUCCACACAAAGAAAUUGAUCCGCCAUCAUGGUUGGAAAGAGUCGACUUUGAAGCUUUGGAACGAAGACUUAAAUCCGUCGAUGUGAAUCCUCAGUUGGCUAUAUUUUUAAGGGAAAUUCGGGACAAAUAAAGUAGUGAAACGA